GUCUCGCCAGCCCGGCAGCAGCGCUCGGCGGCGAGGGUGGGGAGGGGGAGGCCGGGCGGGGCGAGUCUUAAAGGGCCCGAGCAUGCCGCUGCUUUUGUGACAGGGUCCUUUGAUCCCGAGGAGCCGCGCCGCCUCCGGCUGAGGCAGGCAGUUGUCGCCGGGCGGAGAGGAGGAGGAGGAGGAAGACAUGCGCCCGUUGCCACCAUGGAGAUAAAAGACACGGGCAGCGUGGUCCUGACAGCCUACCACUCUUACACCCCAGCCCGGCUGGAGCCCAGCUUCGCUCCGGAGAGCCCCCCCAGCCGGUCGCCUCUCAGGAAAUCUCUUCCUCGAUGCCAAAGAAUUAACAGAAUGCUGUCCAAUGAAUCCUUGCGGCCUCCAGUGUACAGCCGCUCCAAUUCUCAAGCCUCUGUUGACAGCACUUCUAUGGAAGAUUUCUGGUGUGAGGUAGAAAAUAUCAAAGAGAACACAGAAGAUAGGCAAGAUGAGCAAACCCUAUUAGAUGUCAAGGCUCCGGACGAAGGGGAGCUGGAAGCUGAAUGGUUGCAAGAUGUCGGUCUGUCUACAUUAAUAUCAGGCUCUGAAGAGGAAGAUGGAGAAGCACUGCUGUCCACGCUGACCCGCACUCAAGCAGCAGCAGUGCAAAGGAGAUAUAACACCUAUACUCAAACCAUGAGAAAGAAGAAUAAACAUGCAGUCAGAGAUGUGCGUGAUAUUUUUGGUAUUCAUGACACUCCUCCCACAUUUGAGGCCAUACCAGUGUCACCUGUUGCAACCAAUGGCAUCCAACUUCCUGCACAGAAACCAGGUUGGGAGAGGUUAACUGUAAGUACACACUAAACAAACUGCCUAGAAUGUGAAUUCGAGAAAGAUAGUCAGUUGGUGAAAGAAGAGCUAUCUUUUGAGGUCUCCUUCUCCGAAUCAAUUGUGGUUAUUCCAAAGCACAGAGAAUGGCACAAAAACCAAAGAUUAAGAAAGGAUGAAUCUUCCUUGCCUAACUUUACGAUUAGGAAAAGCCGUUUUGGACUGACGGAAGUUGGAGAUUUGUCUCUUGAUGACAUGAAGAAAAUUCGCUAUCUCUCUCUGAUUGAGCUAACAGCCUUCUAUGAUGCUUUAGGAAUAGAGCUGAAGAGGAACCGAACAGAAAGAGUCAAAGGACGAGAAAAUGGCCUUUUUGGUGUUCCACUAGCAGUCCUGCUGGAAAAUGAUCAGAAGAAGAUUCCUGGAAUAAAAGUUCCUCUCAUCUUUCAGAAACUGUUGCUCAAGCUUGAAGAGACGGGUCUGGAAACAGAAGGAAUUCUUCGAGUGCCUGGAUCUGCUUCAAGAGUUAAAAGCCUUCGCCAAGAAAUUGAAGCAAAAUUUGAUGAAGAUACAUUUGACUGGGAUCAGGUACGCAACAAUGAUGCAGCAGGUCUGCUGAAGAUGUUUAUACGAGACCUUCCAAGCCCACUCUUCACUGUGGAAUAUCUGCCUGCUUUCAUCACAUUAGUGGAAAAAAUCUCCAAAGUCAAAUUACAGCUGCAAGCUUUGCAUUUGCUGAUCAUGUUGCUUCCCGAUGCCAGCAGGGACGCAGCCAAGGCCCUUUUACAGUUCUUGAAGAAGGUGGUUGCAAAUGAAAGGAAAAACAAAAUGACUUUAUGGAAUGUAUCCAUGAUUGUUGCCCCAAACCUCUUCAUCUACAAAGGCAAACGUGCAAACCAAGAAGAGAUGCUAGCAGCAGCCACUACAGCACAUGUCGUGAGACUUUUGAUUAAAUAUCAGGAUAUCCUGUGGAUGGUUCCAACAUUUCUGAUAUCUCAGGUGAGAAAGAUGAACGAAGCUGCCAUAAACAAUACAAAGAGACAGCUGAUGUUUGACAAGGGUGUGCGAAGGCUAUUGAGAAGAAAAACUAUGGAACGGGAGAGGCCUGAAAGAACAGAGUCUGAUAUACCAGAAGGGGUGAUAAGAGUUCAUGCUCCAUUGCAUUCAAAAGUCUCUAUGGCAAUCCAGCUGAACAAUCAAACAAAAGCCAAAGAUAUUCUGGCACGGUUUUACUGUGAAAACAGCCACGGAUCAUCAGAGAAGAUGCAGAUUCAAAGUUUACAUGAAAUCGGAGGAAAUAUAGGACAGCACUGUUUGGAUCCAGAUGCUUACAUGCUGGAUGUUUACCAUGCAAAUCCUCAAGCGGAAUGGGUGAUAAAACCAAAAAUAAGUUGAAACUUGUAAAAAGACACCUUGGCAAAUCACUUCUGAAAAUGCCAAAAGGAUGGUUGAAAAGCUUCCACAUGAAGAAGAGCCAUCUUGCUAAGGAUGAAACCAAAGUAGUUGCUACUCUGCAUGAUCUUCUGAACAUAUUUUAUAAUAUUGUCCCUUCCAAUGCAUCAUACAACCCAACCUUAGGGUUUGUUAUAAUAAUUUAUUUUGAAAUGAGUACAUUUUAAUACUGGUUUUACUGGUGCCUGUUUCAACUGACAUGAAGGAAUAUAGAUAGAACUUUUUGUUUAACAGAAUAUAAAAACUGGAUUUUUUCCCCUAUCUUGCCACCUGCCUUUUAUAUGGAAGAAAUUCUGAGGCCUCCCAGGAGACAAAGGAUGAACCACUAAUAACAAGAUAGUCAAAGGAAAAGAGGAAGUAUCAUUCAAUAUGGAAAAAGGCAGUGCCAAAAUUCUGUGACAACUCAUUCAUGUUGAAAGGAAAGCUUUUAUUGUCAAAUGUUAAUACCUGUGCCUCAGUUCUUAUUACUACUGCCAAUGAGAAGGGGGAAACUACUAUGUAAAGGCAUUUUUUUUUACUGUUAAUUUACUGUGCAUGUAUAUAAACAUAUAGGUAUUCAGCAUUUUAAUGGCAUUUCUCUGACUUUACCAAUGUUCAAAUUAAUGUGUAACAAAUAAUACAAGUUGAUUUGUAACACAUUCAUUUCACAUACUGUGCUAUUGAUUGAGCUACACGUGAACCACUUGGAAAGAACUAAAUGAUAGAUGGAGGCCUUGAUUGUUCAUGAAAUUUUCAAGUCUGCUUUAAAAAACCAGCCAUACUGUUAAGCAUUCUCAGCCUAUGAGAUGUGAUGACUUAUUUGAGAGGUGCCCAUUCGUCCUUUUAUUUCUUUUCCCUUUUAAUUUUGAACCAACAGCGUUUAAAACAAUGGCUUCUCUUUCAUGUUUAUAGAAAUAUGGAGAAGUGAUCUUAGAUUCUUUUAAUCAGAGCCUUAAUGACGUGUGUUUUUAGUAAGAGGCAUUUUAGACCAUUGGUUUUCAUCUGUUGGGUCAGGGCCCCAUUACUGCAGAAGUAGAUGUUUCAGAUUGUAGCUCUCAUCAGCCACUCCCAGCAUGAUCAAUAGCUUAAGGAUAAUAGAAGGUGUAAAUUUCACAUUGGCUACCCCUUCACUAUCAGGUCCCAGCCUGAUCUAAGAUGGGUCACAACUGCAGCACUAUCACCAUACAAAUAUAUGGAUAAAAAAGAGAAAUGAGUCCCCAGACACAUGUUGGUAUUAAAGGUCCCAGGUCUGAAAACAUUGAAGGCUAUUUGUAUAAACUUUGGGGAAAUCCAGACAACACUGAGCACUUUUAACUGGAGAAUUGAGUAUGUGCUUAAAUCUCUUGCAUAACAAGAAAAAGAAAAGUGCCUAAUGUUGGCUGAAUUAGGCCUUUAAUUAAGUUGAAUUAAAUAGAUUUAGGGAGAAGUCUGAGGCUAGUUCUGCAGCAUGAAUCUAUAUUUCCAUUUUUAUUCCUAUCUGUAGAAAGAUUUUUGUGGGUUUUUUGGUAAACCUCAUAAGAUGCAAAGCAGAAUCUCAUUUAAAUUCAAAUACUUACUGCACAGUUAAUUCAAUGUGGUUUGGGUUUCUCUUAAAAAGCUGGGCUGUGGGCCAUGGAAAGGAAGAAGGGUGGGUAUUUUGAGCUAUAACUAGUACUAACUCAAUGGGCCUCGGCAUAGUUUUUUUCCGGAUGGCAUUGAACAAUGGGAAUGCCAUUGAUUUCAUUAAAUGAAAUCAGUGUAGCAUAUAUUGAUGUAGUCACUUUUGGAUAUAGGGGGACAGUUCAAAACAUUUAGAGGGAUAUUAGGCAGAGAUGGCACAAAGUUUACACCCCAUAGGCUGUAUCCAGUGCUGCACCAGCAGGACUCUGCUUAUGUGCUGAUUUUGAAGGCAUGCAGGAGUUGGAGGGGACAGAAGAGAAAGCUCUGUUGUCUGCCCAGGAGUGAGUGGAGAGCCUGUGAUUGUACAAAAACAUAAUAAAUGUCUUAAAAGGCUUAUCAGCCUUUCAGCUAAGAUCAAGUACUGGAACAUUCUAUAACAAUCAGUUGCUCAUGUCUUAACAGUGCAAACUACCUCAUUGUAUUAUUUUUUUUAGACUAAUACAUGUUCAGCACCUUUGCAUUUAAUCCAAAAGGACCCAAAUACCCAGUCUGCACUGAUCCGCUCUUCAUUGGGGUGGGUGGAUUUCACCAACCGCUUCCCCACUACAUGUGAUCAGUGCUAACUAAACUUCCCCUCUGGGGGUGUGCAUACAACGUGGGGGCAAAAUGUGGGGACAUUCAGCUUGUGGGUUCUACUUUCCCUUCACUACAAGCUUACUGAGUUAUUAUUAAUUUUUAUUUGCAUGUAUGAACCUGUGCUAAAUUGCCACAGAAGUGAAAGGCAAGGUUAAGAGAAUGCAUUUUCCGCUCUUGACUCUACCUUUCCUACCUGGUCUUUUUUGAUGUUCAUGUGUUAUAAGCUUAUCUGUGUGUUUUUAACAGCCGAAGCUCUCUUCCCUUCAGUGUCAUGAAGUGCUAUCUGGUUCACACAAUGGUUGUCUUUUAUCUAACUAUCCAACUUUCAAUCAGCUGGAACUAGAUCAGUGUUUAUUUCCUGUGCCACUAUUUACCUCUCUGCACAUGACCAAGUAUUUUCCACCAGUGCUUCUUUCCAAUGCUUUCCAUUUCAGUUUGUCAACCACUCAUAUCUGUAUGGUCAUGGAAAGAGCCAUCUUCCCAUAUUUUUCUUUUCACCCAAUGGAAGAUCAGAACCCAGUUUCUCAACUGAGCCAUUCGCUUUCCACAACAGGAUCAGAGUCAAGAAGGGGUAGCACAACUGGAAAGGCGCUGUGCCAACCACACUUGCCUCUUCUAACCUACCCCACAGUGUAUCAGAAACUACAAAACUUUCCUCAGUGGAAGACAGACACUGGGAUGGAAGUAAACAGAUACUGGAGAGCUCUAGCUGUCAAUUUGGUCAGCUCUUAAGCUGCAAAGGAUACUCUCCCAUUGUCAGUGGGAGAGGUGGGCAAAUUAUUCACGUAAUCAAGCCAACUUUGUUCUUUUUAUAAACACUAGCAGCCUUGUUUACCUGGCCUUGCUUGGGAAUUCUGAGGAACCCAAAAAAUCACUGCAGUUCUGACAUCAGUGGUUAAAAUAAGUGCAGUUUUAAAAGGUUCAUGAGGGCAUCUUGAUUCAUCUAACAUGGAUGAAAAAGCCUGCUCCUUGAUCUCAGGAAGCAUCAUGCAAAAUUUGGUUACAAUAUCUUAACAACUUUCCAAAAUUCAUAGUAGACACAUACACCCCUUUAAGUUGCAAGCAAAGAGUAUCACUUGUACCAUAUAUUAUCUUAGGUGGAAAGUGAAACUGGGCUCUGGGGUAAUGUUCCUAAUGGUGCUUAUCCCCACAACCCAAUUUCCCCCCACCUAUCAUAUAGGCCCCAGAAUAGAGAGACGCAAACAAAAAGCUGCUUGCUUCCCUUCAGCCUAGCUGACAGCAGGUACAGCUAGUGACCUGCACCUACACACUGCUGUUGUCCUGGCUGCAUGAAGGCAAGUGUGCAUUGGCUGCUCUUUUCCUCCAAUUCGUUUGACAGAAGGCAAGGAUGCCCCCCCCAACCCAGAUUCUAAUAUUUGUAUAGCUGCAGGAAUUCCCUUCUAUUGCAACAUCCAUUUUUCUAUUAUAUAGGGAGUGGAAACUAUCAUUCUGCAGUUUUUAUGUGUGUGUUUUCCAUGGUUAAAUCUGGACUUUAGCUAACGUUUAACGUGUUAAGUGUCUUAAGUAUUGUACUAGAUUUAAAAAACCAACCUCUGCACUUUCAUUUCUGUUCAUACUGAAUUCAGCUGGAAGCUAAUGUCAGAGGCAUAUCACUUUUUAAAGCAGUCCUUAAAAAAUAAUAAUACUCUAGUAGUAUUUAAACACUCCUUUAAAAUGAAAUCUGUUAGCAUUUGUUUUCAUUGACCAUCUGUUGUGAAUGUUUGAUUACAGCAUUCUGACUAAACACAGAGGAUUUAGAAAGUAGAGCAUGUGUGUACUUAAUUCAGGAAAACAAUUAAAAUGCUAUCAACUAAACCUCUUACAUUCUUUCUUGCAUCUUGUAUUUAAAACAUGGCUUCCUGAAAAUGAGUGACUUAAAAGUGAAAUGCAUAAAAAGAACUUGAUAUAUAGGCCUAUUUAGAUUAAUCUUGUAUUCCUAAACCAAAUAAAUAAGAUAUUUUGUUGUGU